AUGGCCCAAAUCAAAGAGACUUAUGCCUCCUUAAAUGAUGCCAAACUCCAAAAGUAGCAAAUAUCACUAUCUCAAAAAAAGACACAAAAAAUUGACAAAGCCAAUCAAAAACUGAAACGAAUUUCCAGGCAUACCAGAAAACCAAUCACACGAGAGUAGAAAGUUAAGGUAGAAUCCCAGGAAUUAUAAGAGAAUGUAGAAAAACUCAAAUCCAAGUUUAACCAAAUAUUUAAGAAAUUUAUUGAAAAUGUAAAGGAAGAAAUUCUAAAGACUGAAUAGGAGCUAUUGAAAAUAUCGCAUCAAAAUAUCUGA